ACGACUGCCACCUUCUGCCUGCAAGGCCGAAGUCCUGCACUGCCUUCAUCCUGCCCACGUACACGCCCUUCUUUCCUCUUUUGCUCUCCGCAGCCAUGUCUACUGUUGUGUCUUCGCCUACUCUCGCCUUUCCAGACGUCAUGCACGGCCUCACUGUCCGCCAGGCGAUCAACCGCACUCGCAGCAGCAGCAUUCUCAAGAUGGAAAAAGUCGGAGAGGACACGCAGGACGAAGCCCUCGACUCAGCUGUCUAUGAGAAUGUCAAUGCGGAGUGGGUUAACCGCAAGGGAGCUUGGCUGAUACAUCCCGCAUUGGUCUUUGGAGGCAAGAUGGUCAUCGACACCAUUCCAGGGAUGAGACAAGACAUUAGCUGGUUCAUUACCAAUCUGACCUACCUCGGUUUCUCAUACCUCAUGUUUCACUGGGUGACAGGAAUUCCCUUCCAGUCUGACCUCCACAGUGGCGUGUAUGACGAGCUCACACUUUGGGAACAAAUUGACCAAGGUGCCCAGUACACCCCAGCGAAGAAGUGGCUACUCAUCUGUCCCAUUUUGCUAUUCCUUGCAUCAACACACUACUCCGAGUAUAAUCCAUGGAUGUUCGCAAUCAAUCUCACAGCGUUGAUUGUUGUGCUUAUCCCAAAGUUGCCGAUGCUUCAUCGUCGCCGCGUCCGAUUUAUGGUCGAGGAUGACGACCCGUCUAACAUUGGCACACCCUCUGCCUCUGUGACUCCGCGUUCAGGAUCCUGCACCCCGACAAGCGGCGAGUUCGAUCACCGGACACCGAUCGAACAGAUUACGGUCUCUCAGUUUUAGAGUAUCUCAUACCGUCGCAUCCUCAUACCUUGUUUCGGUCAUCUAUACGGUCCUCCUGGUCUCGCCGCUUAGAAUCAUGUAUGGAGCAGGCCCGCACUCACUCCUCACUUCAUCGUCAGCAUCGUCAGCACACACAACCAUUCCAGCCUGUGUCGUUAACCGUCUUUGAAUGUAAUACAAGGGUCUACAGAGUAUUCUAAUAGUGGCCACGGACAAUUCCUUUCGCGCGAUUAUGCGGUUAUCGUACGUAUUUGGGUACUUUUCUCUGCUCCCCGUUUCUUUAGUAUAAUUUUAUGCAUGGAGGGUCGGCCGUGACUCCUGCUUGGAUAUCACACCAUAUUGCUGUAAUCGAAGGCUGCCAGGUCUGACGUUAGCAUCAUCA